AGUGAGCCCGAGGAGAAGCACUCAUCAGAUUUCAGAUCCACCACACCUCAUAUCCCGGGAUAUCAUCACUAAACGCAAACACCGGGGCAGUCUUUUCCCCCCGCGUCGGCUCACCUGGAAACACCUGAGCUGCAGGAACAGAGGACUCUGAAUCCUUUCUGUUGGGACUUUUGUUGCUUUUCUGGUCCCUUUUGUCUUGUUAUUCCCCGGACACAGACUGCAAAACUGGUUUGAAUCUGAGAUAUUAGUACAUUAAAGGAUCAAAAUGAGCUGCUUCACAUUCGUCAAAUUGAUGAUGGUCUUGUUCAACUUGCUUAUCUUUCUGGGCGGGCUAACCCUGCUCGCCAUGGGGAUCUGGGUGAGCGUGGAUGGCGGCUCCUUCCUGAGGCUGCUGGGGCCGUUCUCGGGCGAGGCCAUGCAGUUUGUCAACGUGGGAUUCUUCAGCAUCGCCAUCGGGGGAGUGCUGAUGCUGCUCGGGCUCCUCGGCUGUUGUGGGGCGAAAAAGGAGAGCAAGUGCCUACUGCUCACGUUCUUCUCCAUCAUCCUCAUCAUCUUCAUCGCUGAAUUGGCGGCCGGAGUGGUGGCUCUUGCCUACUCCUCAUUCGCUGAGGGCAUCCUCCGAGCAUGGGCGACCCCUGCCUUAAAGUCCGAUUACGGCAGUGAACCUGUGGUGACCAAGAUGUGGAACUCGACCAUGAUGGAGCUCAAUUGUUGCGGUUUCACCAACUACACAGACUUCGUGGGCUCCAAGUUUGAAAAGGAGAACGGAGGAAAUGUGCCGCCCACUUGCUGCUUGACAAACAGCACCACCUGCAGCACGGCAGAGGCAGAGCGCAGCGCUGUGAAGGGCUGCUUCGAACACAUCCUGAAGACCCUCAAAGAGCACGCCAACAUCGUGGGAGGCAUCGCAGCAGGAAUCGGAAUCCUGGAGAUUGCUGCCAUGAUCGUGUCCAUGUACCUGUACUGUCAGCUGGACAACAGAGUCAGCUGAGACUCCGGACAAAGACAACUAAACACACAAAGAACAUGUUGUUUGAUUCAGCAUUACGUACCUUAUAUCACUUACUAUACAUAAAUAUAUAAAUAUAUAUUAGGGCUGACAGUGUUAAUGUGUUAUUUGCCAUGUUUUGUCCCUUCAGGCUCUCCGUAGAUAGUCGUCCUCAGUGUCUCCCUGUAGUCUCAGUGAUUUAAAAGAAGGACACUGCUGCAUCUUUGAAUGUCUCAUUUCACUUUAACAAACUCUCAAGACAGCGCAGCUGACGAGUCCAAAGUAAUAGCCACCUUAUGACAUCACACAUCGACCUUAUGACAUCACACACUGACCUUAUGACAUCACACAUUGACCUUUGAUACCGUUCCUUUGAGCUCAGUUUGGGAUCCCUAACCACUUCCUGUUUCUGUGCUUAAGCUCAUUUUGUA